GGAACGUUGUCAAAUGGAGCAAAACUCACGUAGCAAAACUUUCUUUUAGAGACAGAAAUUAUGGCCAUAAGUCGAGGACUAUCUGUGCAUACAUACAGACAGAGCAGGUGGUUAUUUUCCCUUUAUUUUUUAAUAGAGUCUGCAUCAGUUUUAUCAACACUUUCAUGUGGUCUGGUUUCAGAAAUGUUUCACAGUACCGUUGGCUGCCAUCCCACUCGCUGUGGAGCAUUCGAUGAGGGCAAUCCUGACCAGUACUUGGAGGAAUUGCAAGAUUUAGCUGAGAAGAACAAAGGGAAAGUGGUUGCAAUAGGGGAGUGUGGCUUAGACUUCGACAGAUUAGAAUUCUGCCCCAAAGACAUCCAACUCAAGUAUUUUGAAAAACAGUUUGAACUAUCUGAGCAAACCAAAUUGCCAAUGUUUUUGCACUGUAGGAAUUCGCACCCAGAAUUCCUAGAUAUAAUGAGACGAAAUAGAGAGAGGUGUACAGGAGGAGUGGUUCACUCUUUUGACGGCACCAAAGAAGAAGCGGCAGCUCUAAUAGAUCUGGAUCUUUAUAUAGGGAUUAAUGGUUGUUCUCUGAAAACUGAAGCCAACCUAGAAACGGUGAAGUCAAUUCCCAGCGAAAGGUUAAUGAUAGAGACAGAUGCUCCCUGGUGUGGAGUGAAAAACACCCACGCAGGCUCAAAAUUUGUAAAAACCACCUUUCCAACUAAAAAGAAAUGGGAAGCAGGACACUGCCUAAAGGACAGAAAUGAACUUUGCCAUAUCAUCCAGAUACUGGAAAUACUGGCAACAGUUCGUGAAGAAGAGCCAUUAGAACUGGCCAAUAUUAUGUAUAACAACACUAUUAAAACUUUCUUUCCAGAUAUGUAAAUCCAGUUAAUUCUGUUCAUAAAAUAAAAUAAUCUUAAAUCUA